GUCCAUAGUGGAACGCUCGGUGUGCGCCCUGGUCUUUGGGGGAGACUGCCUGUGUCUUUAAGAACUUCAGUCACAUUCUAAAAAUUACACCAUAACAAAAAUGGUUAUUAAAGUAUUUUUAGCUUCUUCAUCGGGAUCGACUGCGAUCAAAAAGAAGCAGCAAGAUGUACUGGGUUUCCUGGAGGCUCUUAAAAUUGAGUACACGCAGAUGGACAUCGCCUCCAACGAGGAGAACCGCAUGUGGAUGAGGCAGAAUGUUCCUGGGGAGAAGAAGCCAACCAACGGGAUCCCGCUUCCACCACAGAUCUUCAACGAGGAGAACUACUGCGGAGACUAUGACACAUUCUUUGAUGCCAAGGAGGACAAUCAAGUGUAUGCCUUCCUUGGCCUCCCACCUCCCCCAGGAUCAAAGGAAGCCUUACUAGCCGAAAAGGCCCUUAUCCUCCAGAAUGGAACAGAACCUGAGGAAGACCUCGAGGACACUGCACAGGAGAAGCCAGCAGAGGAGUGCAAUGGGGAGGUGAAGGCUGAGUUGGAGGUGGUGGCAGAGGAGGGAGUAGCAGAGGACCUGGCGGGGGAGCCCGCCGCGGAAUACCAGGGGGUGGCUAACGAGGCAGAGGAGUCGGAGUUUCAGGAGGACGCAGAAGAGGACAAGGAGGAGACUAAAAAGGUAGCCAGUGAGGAGGAAGAAAAGGAAGUAGACUACGAGGAGGAGGAAGAGGAGGAGGAAGAGGAGACUAAGGAUGAAGAAGAUGAGUAGUCUUAACCUGGUGGGGGUUAGGAUUUCUGUCUGUUCUCACUGUAAAGCUAGGAGAGCCCCACCCCCUCCCCACCUCCUCUGCCAAGAAAGAGCCUCCAGGCCCCUCACUCACCUCACCCCACA